UUUUUAUUUUAUUUUAUUUUAUUCUAUUCUAUUUGAUUUAAUAAUAAUAGUAAUGAAAACAUCUGUCUUGUUUUUCUCUUACUAUUUUUUAGUAGUCAUGAUACAAAUUGUUACAUCUGCUCCAAUUUAUGCUCAGGAGGAAGACUUGAAUUUUCCUAAUACAGUUAGUAGGGAGAUAUUCUUACAUCCAGAGCACAUUGACUCUACUAUAAACUCGGAAAAAGAGCUGUUACUCCUUCCAUCACCAUUACUACCCCCAUUACCACCGUUACCACCGUUACCACCGUUACCACCACUUUUACGGCCUCAUUAACACACUUUGGUACAUUUUGUAAUAUAAUCAUUAUAUAUUAAUCAUAUAAAUGUAUAUGAAUUAUUCAAUGCUUAAUAAAAAAAAAGAUAAGCCUUUUA